CAGUAACUUCAGUCUGUGAGUACUUGAAAUACCGUUUUUUGCCAGGAUGACGUCCAAGACCAAGUCACAUGAUAUUGAGAGCAUCGUUGACGACUUCCGUUAUGGGACCAAUGUGGCUACAGCUCACCUCUCCAUUCGUUUAGGUUUCCUACGGAAGGUGUUUGGGAUUCUCAGCACACAGCUCUUGGUGACAACUGUAGUAUCUGCCAUCUUCAUGUACACAGAUGGAGUCAAGGCCUACGUUCAGAAAAGUCAAGGGAUGCUUGUCACGGCUUACGUGUCUUCCAUAUUCCUCCUCCUGGCGUUAUUCGUCAAACGCAGAGAUUCACCAAUCAACAUGAUCCUUCUUGGACUAUUUACUUUUGUGGAAGCCUACAGCGUUGGAACCAUCGUGACCUUCUACAACAAAGCCGUGGUGUUGCAGGCAUUCACCCUGACCAUGGUGGUGACACUCAGCCUGACUGCUUACACCAUGCAGAGCAAGAAAGACUUCAGCUCAUGGGGUGCAGGGUUGUACUCGGCCCUCCUGAUCCUCAUCCUCAGCGGCCUCCUCCACAUCUUCCUGCCUCACAGCGAUGCGGUGGAGUUCCUCCUGGCCGUCUUUGGAGCCAUCCUCUUCUGCGCCUUCAUCGUCUUCGACGUCCACAUGAUGAUGCACAAGCUGUCGCCGGAGGAGUACAUCUUGGCCUCCAUCAACCUGUACCUGGACAUCUUGAACCUGUUCCUGCACAUACUGCGCAUUCUUGGAGAGGCACAGAAGAAGUAGAUGGAAAUCUUCAAGCUAAUGCCCGUUCCCAUGACUGAAUUUGUGUUAUCUUGUUGAUACUGCCCCUACCUCAGUAGCAGCUUCACAGCACUGGUCAGGGACUGGGUGCAUAUCUGUUCCCGCAGGUGAACAAAACCCAAAUUAGUCUUAGUCCCUAAUCACAUUAAUAAUCAAGUCAGUUAAUACCAUAGAGCUAUAUUAAGUUACUAGAGCGCUAACUCCUCAUUCUUGCGCGCAGAGACGCUUUGAAGCCGCUCU